AUGUAAAAAGUUGCUUUGGCUUUGUAUGAGUACAUUCAUAAGAAGUACGUAGCUAAGAUGAUUCGAAGAUCAGAUGAUUUGUAUUCACGCCAGGUACGUGAGCCAUUUGAUUCCUUAGAUAGAAUUCGACAUGGGAGAAACAGUUAAUUUGAAGGGAAUUCCUUCAGCUGAACUUCGUAAUGGUAUUCGCUCAUAUUUAUCCUAUCCACAAAUGUUCCAAGAGUAUGCUAACAGACCCGGAAAUUGGAUUUUCAUAAUCAUUAAUAUCAUUUGUCUAUCAAUUAUUGAUUUAUAGGGUGAAGACUUUUCUCUCUUUUAUUAGUUUGUAAUUCCUUUAUUAACAGGCAUUGCUGCAUUUCUUAUAAAGAUGAUUUAUUAUCAAUAUAUCAAAUAUUAAUAGGACGAAUUGAUAAAUAAGAGAAAAGUGACUAUUUUUAAGAGAUUAAAAAAAGGGAGUGCUGUCAAAAAACCUAAUUAAGAAAAAGGGUUGCAGGAUGUUGAUAAUAAAAAUUAGAAUGGUCCAAAAAAUGAUAUAGUUCUACUUUCAGGACCUCGCAAAUAAGAUAUUUAUAAACCUAUGAUAAUAUCCUCAUUUCGAGGAGAGGACAAAAAAAUAGGAUAAUCUCCAGCUAUAUAAAUUGAAUAGAAAGUUUCUAUCUUUGAAACAGUAUAUUGGGAUUAAGUAGAGGUGGGAGACAUAAUUUACCUUUAGAGAAAUGAAAUAUGUCCAGCUGAUAUUUUAAUAUUGGAAUCUAAUUUGGAAUAUUGCUCAGCUGAUGUAACAAGUUUUAGUGGUAACACAAACUAAAUUUUGAAGUCACCAAAUAUUCUCACAUCAAUGUCAAGAGUUCAUCAAUUCAAGAAUAAUUGUUUUGAAUAUAGAUUAUUAUUAAGUGGGAAGGUGAAUUACGAUAGAUAAUUAGGGGAUAAGUCAAUGUAUACAGGUUUUGUGAGAUUGAAGAAUGAUCCUCAAGCAAUAGAUAUAAAAAAAGAAAACAUAUUGUUUAGAGAAUAGUUACUUUUAAAUUGUGAUUAUAUCUAUGGUUUAGUAUUAUAUGCAGGGAUGACAUCUCGUUAUUACUAUAAUCAACCAAAGAACAGAUUAAAUAAUUCUUUCUUCUACACAAAGAUAGAUCGUUAUUUUUAAUUUACACUAAUUUUAUUAAUAGUAUUGUCAUUUGCAUCAUGGAUGACUGAAUCUCUACGAUAUAUAACAUAUGGUAGAGAAUGGAGUCUUUAAACAUUAUCAAAAUAUUUGUUAGGAUAUUUGAAUAUGAUACCAUAUUAUUUACACUCCAUAAUGGAUUUUCAGACUCUUAUUUCAAUGAUAAUAAAGAGUCAUAGAUACAAAUAGAAGAAGGUGUAAGAAUAAAAAAUUAAAGAUUAAGAUACUGAAUUAUAAUUAUAAUCAUUAUAUUGUAGAAUUAAUGAUACACCUCUAGCAGACUUAAGUUUAAUAGAUAGUGUAAUAUUUGAUAAAACAGGUACAAUGACUAUUCCAUAAUUCAAAUUAAAAAUGAUAUCAAUAAAUGAUUAAGUUUACAAUAUUAAUAAUAAGACAUUUAAAAAUAAAACAAAUUGGAAAUCAAUUUAAAAAUAAUAAUAAGAUCAUUAUGAAAUAUAAUAAUAUUUUUUGAAAGAUACUUAAUCUCCUGCUAAGUAAGCUUCUUAAGUUAAGAUAUUACCAUCUCCAAAAUAGAUGAUUAGUAGUACUAAACGUUCUUCAAUAAAACCAAUAAAAUAAGAAGAAUACCUUCCUCCAUCUAAUAGUGAGACUAAUAAUAAUGAUUAAGCUAAUUUUGAUCCUGAAGAGAUGGUAGAUGAAAAUGCUAAAUUAAAAGAAAUACACAAAAGCAAAUAGCCAAAAUUAUUUUAAGAUUCAUGGGGUUCAAAUACAGAUAUUGCUAAUGCUAACAAUAAUAAUCCUUCAAGUGUUUAAUAAAAUACUCCAUAAUAAAAUGAAAUUAAAAGAUAAACAUUUGUUGCAGGUGUAACAAUUCGUAGAAAAUAAAGUGUUAAAUUAGAUAGAGCAGAUAAACUCUAAUAACGUAAAUUACCUAUUGAGAAAUCUAUGGUUUUUACCAAAUUUCUAUAAGAUGAAGGAGCCAAAGCAUCAUUUGAGAGAUUAAGUGAAGAAUAAAAGAAUUUAGAUGAAAAAGAUUUUCUAAAUCGUCUUAUUGCUAUUGACAGUAAGAAAUAGACAGAGGAGGCUAUUUUUAUUUUAAUGAUUUGUCAUAAUACUUCAUCUUCUUAUAAUAAAAAUGAUGAUUUAUUCAAACAUGAGUUUUCUUCAAAUGUUGAUGAUCUUUAAUUAGAUUUUAUAUCUAAUUUUGAUUAUAAGUUUAUUUGUGCAGCUAAAAAUAAAAGUAAGUAUAUUUUAGAGAUUAAUGGAAAUUUAGUUGAAGUUCCAGUUACUGUUACAUAAUUGGAACAUUAUAAGAUCAGUGUUAUAAUAUCUAGAUUAGAUUAUACAAGAUUUUUUGAAGAUGUAGAUUUAGCAUAUGAAUAUGUUUAAUUUAUAAGAGAUGAUAGUUAAGAAAUGAGUGAUCAAAUUCUUAUGGAUAAAGAAGAGAGAGAUAAAUGGGAUGCAAUGAUAUAUAGAAUGCAUUAAAAUGGUUGUAGACCAGUAGUUUAUUUUAAAUCAUUUUUAGAUGGGAAUUAAUAUACUUAAUUUUUAAAGAAUCCUAUUCAUGAAUUGAAAACUUAACCAAGAGCUUAUGAAUUAUGUUUAGUUAUUGGAAUUAGAGAAAAGUUAAGAAAAUCUAUAAGAACUGUAAUUAAGAACUUUUUAGCUGCAGAUAUGAUAAUUUGGAUUGCUAGUGGAGAUACACUUGAUAAAGUAUUACCAAUUGCUUAUAAGACAGAAAUACUUAAAGAUCUUAUUCCUAUAAUUCAUUUUGAUCAAUAAGAAGUCAAUCUAUAGAUCAAACAAUAAAUUUAAUGGUUAUAUAAUAAUUAAAUAAAACAUUUAAAAGAAGAUUAAAUUGUUGUUGAAAAAAGAUCAUCAGAAAGACUUGUAAUGAGUCCAAAUCAAAAGAGAAGAUCCAUUCAUUCCAAUACCAGAAGAUAAAGUACAAAAGGUCUCUUACCUGGAUUAUAAACUUCUUAAUAAAAGAUCAAACCAUUUUCAAUACUUAUUCAUGGCGAUACUUUAGAAAAAAUCUAUUAGGAUAAUUCACUAUUUAAUCAUUUAGCAUUCAUUAUAGCUUUCUCUACUUCAGUUGUUGGAUAUAGAAUGUCUAAAUCUUAAAAAGCCAUUUUAGGAUAAAUCUUAUAACAAAAGUAACUUUGGAGAAGAAGAUUUCUAGUUAUUGGUGAUGAAGGAAAUGAUAGUUAAUUGAUGGCUAACUCUGAUUUUUCAAUUUAAUUAUAUGCUGAAAGAUUACUAUAAAAACCAACUAUUGAAAAAAUGGAACAAUUAUAGAGAGGAAAAAAGGAGCAAAAGAGUUCAAAAUUAUAAUAAGUUAGUGGAAAAUGUCUUAAUAAUUUCAUAAGUAACAUUAUACUUAAAAUUAGAACAUUAGUAUAAAACCAUUCCUUACAUUGGAACUGCUGAUAUCAUAGUAAAAGACUUUAAGAAUCUAAUUAGCGUAGUAUUAAAUGAAAGUAGAUAAUCUGCAGAACUUUUAGAGAACAUAAUUACAUUCUCCUUUUAUAGAAGUUAUCUAUUGUGCUUUACUCUUUUUUUUUAAAUCCUAUUCACUGGAAUUACAUUCUAUCCACCUUUAGAUUUUUUUUAAAGUUUACUUUAUAUUAUACCUUGCUUCUCAAUGUUCUUUUAACGAUUAACUCAAAAAAAUGAAAAUGUGAGCAAUAUUAAAAACUAAUUAGUUUAUUUCUACAAUCAAAAUUAAUUAGAUUUCCGAUAAAUGAGAUAUUGGCUAUUCUUCUAUAAAGUUAUUCUUUAUUCAGCAUUUGAAGCUUUAAUAAUUUCUUUAACUUUACAUCAUAUGGAUUUGAAGAGUAACAAAGGAUAAAUUUUAGAUGAACAAAUGAAAUCUAUUUAAUAAUUCUUCAUCAUACUAUUAUUAGAUUUAACUAAAUUAUUGACUCAUGCUAACAUCUAUUAAUAUAUUAUUCUACCAAUUGCUUACUUUGGUUUAUGUACAGUUGGAUACUUAGAUUAUUUUGAUUAUCAAUAUGGUGAAUUAUUUUAAUUUUUACUCUCCUUUCAAUCUCUUUUAUAAAUCAUUGCUAUCUAAAUUAUGUUCUUUUGUUUCUAAAAGACUUUAACUCAAUUUCAUUCAAUUUAUGUUCAUAAUCAUAUAUAUUCAUCUUAGGAUCAAAUAGAAAUCAAUAGCAAAAUUAAAACUAUCUAAAUUUACAAUUCAAAAAGAAAGAAAGAAAAUAUUGUAAUAAAUAUCCAGAAAUAUGUUUUAAAAUUAUUCAAAAAUGAAGAAGAAAUUGAUCCCAUUAUAAAAUAGGUACUAUCUGGUAUUGUUUUAAGUGUUAAAACAACAAAAAUCAACAAAAUAACUUAAACAUUUAAAAAUAUUCAGUUAGAGAUUAAGUAUUAAUUGAAUGAAUUACCAUCUAUCAUUGAAUAUUAUCGACUCUAUUAUCCAUUAAGUUGGAUGUUGGUUGAAGGAGCAAUCUUAGUAUAAAUUUGGUUAAUAAAUACAGAUGUUGAUUAUACAUGGUUUCUAUAUUUCACUUUUGGGUAUAAUGCAGCUUAAGUCUUAAUGGCUCUAUUUAUUUACACAGUUGCUUUUAAAAAGUACCAUUUCAGAAUAAGCAAAAUAUUGAUUACUUGUAGAUUGAUUUAUAAGAUCAUUUAUGAUGCCUAUUUUUAUUAGGAUAAUAAUAAUGAAUUAACAGAUAUGUUGAUAAUGUAAUUAUUUAUGCUUUAACCUUUAAUUGAUGACAGACCAUUAACAAUAAUAUUUUAUUGUUUUGUUGUUAACAUAAGUUUCAUUAUUAGAUUUAGUGCAAAUAAUACAACAACUGAUGAGAAUUUUAAUAAUUAUAUUAUGUUGAAUUAUUAUCUGAUUGCUUUGAUGCAAACUGCAUUAUCUAGUGGAAUGUAUUUAAGAAUUUAAAGAAAUUCAAGAGAAGAAUUCAUUUAAAUGUUGACUUUAGAUUAGCAAACCAAUUCGAUUAGUGAUACAUUAAGCAUUUUAAUGCCUAGAUUCAUUAGAAAUAUGAUAAAUUAGAAAGGAGAAUUUGAUAUUUAAGAGAAUCAAGGAGAAGUAGCAAUUUUAUUUUGUGAUAUUUGUUAAUUUGAUAAAAUUAUAAAGACAGAAAAGGAGAAUGUGAUUCAUUUGUUAGAUAUUCUAUUUCGAUAAUACGAUUCACUAUGUAGUUAAUAUGGAUUAUAGAAAAUAGAAACUGUUGGUAAAACAUAUAUGGCAGCAGCAGGACUUAAAAAUAUAGCAAGUUAAAGUAAUGUUAAUCCUGUUCUUAGAACAAUAUAAGUAGCAUUUGAAAUGAGGAAAUUCGCAUAAUAAUAAAACUUUGGUAAAUCAGAAGAGAUCAUCGUUAAAAUUGGUGUUCAUUAUGGAAAUGUAAUAGCUGGGGUUAUAGGUUAUCACAAACCAUAAUUCUCUUUGAUAGGAGAUACUGUUAAUACUACGUCUAGAGUUUGUUCAACUGGUUAAGAUGGUUAGAUUAAAAUAUCAGAGGAAGCUUAUAGAUUAGUUAGUGGAUCUUAGGACUUUAUUUUUACUCAAGAUAUUGUAGAUGCAAAAGGAAAAGGAUCAAUCAUAACCUAUAUAUUAUCUGAACAGUUAACCACUAAGAAUAUAAAAAAUAAGAGUAAAUCUUAAAAAUAGAAUUCUAACCAUCUUCCAUCUAAUUCUGUUACUGCUAUUGAUAAUCCUGCUAAGUUUAAUAGAGAUAAAAAAAUUAAGAGAAAACCUACCUUAGUAUUACCUCAUUUAAAAUAAAAUAAUCCUAAAUUAUAACAUAAAUCAAGUUUGAAUGUAGAAGCUCAUUAAUAAUUACAAUCUCAUGACAGUGAACAUGCUAAUCCUAUUGGAUAAAAAUUUUCAAUCGAAGGCGCUAAUUUGAUUGAAGCAAUAGAAAUUAAAUUAGGUAAAGAAAAUUUAUUAAUUGAUGAAAACUUUGAUUAUUUAAAUGGAGAAAUUGAAAAAGAUAAAUUAAAAUAGUUAAAUUAAAAUGAAGAUGAAUUUAAAGAAUCUGAUGUUCUUAUAUUAGAUAAGAAAAAGCUAUUCUUAGAUUUUCAUCCUGAUGUUGAUCACUAAUAUAUUGAAGACUUUUAUAGAGAAUUAACUAAAAAGAAUGCAUUAUUGGUAAUUUUAUUAAAAGCUGGAGUAGCAAUAUUAUUAUUUGUAUAAAAUACAUCUACAAUUCUAAUUUCAGAAAUCUUUGAAAACUAAUAUACAUGGUAUAUAAAUUUGAGUUUUGGUUACCUAAUCGUUACAAUAAAAUUGGGGUUUCUAAUUCUUUUAUUAAUGAAAUAAUACAGACAUAAAGUCUUCUAAGAAUCUUAUUUCAUUUGUAGUUAUAUUAUCACCAUGAUUUGGUGGAUUAUUCAUAUAUUUUCUUAUUAAAGUUUUAUUGUUGGAGAAAUUUGUAUUGCAGUUGGAGUUUUCUUAUCCUUUAUGACAUAACUCAAUCCAAUUAUUAAAAUGAAAUAUAAAGUAAUAGAAAGCAUAUUAAUGAUCUCAGUAAAUCUAAUAGUUGUACUACUUAAGAAUUGGGAAAAGAGUUUGAUCUAUUAUGCCAUUAUAUUACAAUUGAUCUUCAUUUCUAAUCAAAUUUACAAAUUCAAUAAGAAUGUCUAAUUAUAUAAUAAUCAAUGUAAAUUAAAAGCAAAACACAAAUAAUUAGAUUAAUUAGUAAAACAUUAAUUACCAAGACAUAUGUUAGAAUAAUUCCUUUAAUUUUAACAAUAAAGAGCAGUACUAAAAGACAGUUAUGAGAAUGUAACAUUACUUUUUGCUGAUAUUGCAGGAUUUACAGAAUAUUCAAGUAAAGUUCCACCUGAAUAGGUUGUAUUUAUGUUAAGGAACUUGUUUACUGAAUUUGAUAAAUGUUGUCAAGAAAAAUCUGUCUAUAAAUUAUAUACAAUAGGUGAUUGUUAUGUUGUUAUGGGUAUGUUAGAUGCAAAAGAUAGAAAAAUUGCAUAAGAAGCUAAAAAUACUGUAGAAUUAGGAUUUGAAAUGAUAAACAUCAUCAAACGUGUUAGAGAUCAUAUAAAUUUCUAAGGAUUAGAUAUGAGAAUAGGAAUACAUACAGGUUCUAUUAUAGGAGGUGUUUUAGGUACUGAAAUUGUUAGAUAUGAUAUUUAUGGACCUGAUGUACUUGUUGCAAAUAAAAUGGAAUCUAAAGGAGAAAAAGGAAAAUUAUAGGUUUCAUCCAGUACCAAGGAAAUUUUAGAAUAACAUUAUUCUGAAGAAUUCAAAUUUACAUUUCACACGACUGUUGAUAUUCCCUCUAUUGAUAGAUCUACAGAUGGUUAUUUUGUCAAUUUUAAAUCUUAUGAUGAACCCUCGAUGGAUUUACAAGAUGAAGUUUUUGAUUGCUGA